AUGCUACGUAAGGCGAUUAGGCAGAAAGCCUAUACAUAUAGCUAUGUAUGCAUUAUAUGUGCAUAUGUAGAUGACUUAAAGGCGGUGACGAAGCGUCUAAUAGGCCUAGCGAAGCGGAAGGGGUCGGAAGACAAUAUCUCAAUAAUCGUGGUGUUCUUGAAGGACCCGCGUGAUAUUGCCGCACAAAACUGCCCGCCCAUGGAUCUUGGGCUGGACAACGCGGUGGUGAACGCACCACCGUUCUCCAUCGAUGGUGAUGCUUGCAAAAUCACUGGAUCUAUCGCUGAGGCGGCUGGUGGAGACUGCGCGAACGACAAUGGAGUGUCUGACAGUGACAGCGAGGACUUGGGACCGGAGACUGCCGUCGACAUAGAUGCUGAUGACGGCGACGUGGAAAUGAGGAACCACGAGCCGGCACCACCGACUCCACCUGCUCAUUCUGUGGAGGAGAGCCACAUUGACGGAAACCUGGUGGAUAAUGUAGCUGAGAGUGGUGAGGAGUCUGAAGACGAGUGGAACUACUACAAGGGUGAGGGCGAGCCGGAGCAGAAUCCAAGUGAGGAGAUCGACGAACCGCCACAUUCGGAGACACCCUGUCAGGAUAAUUCAGCGUGGGAAAGCAGUUCUGUAGACAUGAACAGUUCACCGUUGAACCCAGAUGCACCAGUGUUCGUGCCGGGCGGAGUUGCCGGUUCUGAUAUACUGUUGGCAGAGUCACCACGUAAACCUCAACCAAUGGAGGAUAUAGUGGUGCCUGAUGCCGACCAAUUUAAGACUGAGCUGGGUGGACGCCCGUCUGAAAUGCAAGACUUGGAUAACUGUGAUCAGUUGAAUGGACAUCAUAAUAUUUCAAUUGAUGGCAUCACUGCACAUCUUAAUGGAAAUAAUAAAUGUGAUAUGGACAGUUUUGAAUUUGGUGUUGGCAUCGAUUCGGAUAAAAUUAAGGAUUCAAGUAUUAUACACGAUUUUGAGCGAAUUCAAAAGGACACAACAGACUUUUGCAACAUACAGGUAUUUCAGACUCACACCGAAACAAAUCCCUUUGACAUUGAUGGCAACAACGAUCUAUUAGAGAGACUUAAAAACAAAGAGAGAGAUCCAAUGAGCAUGAGCUUCUAUCAGGAAAAAGACGAUGAUACAUGUGAAAGAUUCACCAAGUUAGACUCCCAGGUGGACCUUAAUUCUCUACAACCUCUUCCUGACAGUGAAGAUGAUGACGAUAUAGAAGCAAAUGGUGACUGUCAAGAUGAGGACAAAGAAAAUGUUAGUCCUGUAUGUCAAAGUGAUUUGUUUUCAACUAAUGAUAAUACCGAGGAACCAAAUAAUGAUAUCAUUCGAUUUGAUGACAGAAAUGACUUCAUAGAAAAUAAUUAUGCUGAAGAAAAUAUAACAAAUUGCAAUUUGGAAACCAGCAAUAUGCAAAAUGAUGCAAUUCCCGAAUUUGAAUGUAACAUUAACCAAGAGAGCAUAGUGCCAACAGAUACACCUGAGUCACACAAGUUACUAUUUGAACAAAUCCCUGAGAUUCCAGAUGGUAAGAGCUCAGAAUUAGGUUUUAGUAAUGAUGAACUUCUAGACCCAACAGAGAGAGAAAAAGAUGACAGAGCCAUAACCCCACAAGAAAAUAUAGCACAGGAACAGGAAUCAGAAAUAAAGGUAGAAGAAUCUGAAGGCUUUAACCCUGACCUAACAUCAGGUAUGAGUGAGCCAAUAGAGUCUACAAUUAUUGAACAUGAAGACUUAAUUGAAAAGGACACAGAGCCAUUAGCAAAUAUCCCCAGUUCUGAAGAACAUCUUAUUACACCAGAGAUAGAUUUAGCCCAACCAGAUAUUUUCGAACAACAAAUUGAAAGUAAUAUAAUAGUGGAUGUCCACCAAUCUGAGAAAGAAAUAAAUGAUGACGAAACAUUUUCAGAAGGCGUAAUCGAUGGAUUUGCUUUAUCUGCGUCCCCCGCAGCUUCGCCGUUACCAACCACGUCACCUUUACCCACAGAAUCUUCAGUACUAGAUGAAGUUAAACCGCCAAUGCCAGCAGAAGUACCGCUACCGAGAGAGUCCCCAGCACCUUCUGAGUCACCAAUACUUGAAGAUAAUGUUGGUCAGGAAUCAACUCUGUCAGUGGAAGAACCAGAAUGCGACAAGUUACAACCUGUGGAGGAAUCAUAUCAACCAAAAUCACCUUUACCCGAUGAACACAUCCAAAGGGACUCUCCUAUCACAGACGAUUUGCUGGACACAAAGCCUUAUGAAUCCACAGUAGAGUCUGAAGUUGUAGAAGAUUUAAUUCCUGAGCAACAGUCCCCUGCGCCUGUUGAUGAAGCUGUUUAUAAAGAAGAUAUACAGGUACUUGAACCUGUUUUUAAAGAAGAGAUACAGGUAGCUGAACCUGUUCUUAAAGAAGAGAUACAGGUAGCGGAACCUGUUUUUAAAGAAGAUAUACAUGUUGAAGAACCUGUUUUAAAAGAAAAUGUACAUGUUGAUGAAAUUAUUGAGAGUGAAUUACCUAUAUCUGAAAAUUCAGUUGUAAGUGAUUCUCCCAUAUUUGUGGAUAAAUUUGAAAGAAUUGAAAACCCCAUUGAACCCACAAUAAUAUAUGAGGCAACGCCAAAUGUGCAGGAAUCAAUAGCAGCAGAAUCACCCAUUCCAGAAGAAACUGUAGUCGUAAAGUCUCCUCUUCCUGUUGAAGAAAACGACACCCAGAUGAUAGAAUCAAAACUCUCAAAGGAACCUUCACAAUUAUCGCCAUUCCCAGUGAAUAAUGUACAAAAUGAAAUGCCCGUAGAAUCACAAGAAUUUGAGAAGUUAAUAGACCCUGUGCCUGCAACAGAAACUGAAAUAUCAAUGGAUUGCAAUGUGCCACAUGAGCCCAUCAUUGAACACAGAUAUCUUUUAAGUGAAAGUGCCCCAGCCCCCGAUAUCGUAUCGGAGCACGCACGCUCAGAACUAGUCACCGAUAUAGACAUAGGCAUUCCCGAAUCGCGGGCGCAAGAGAUUUGCGUUCCGGUUACGAACGAAAUUCAAAAUCACGUGGAAGAGAUUCCACCGGCUACGACUCCGCCGCCCACGCCCGCCGUCGAUCUCACGGAACCUCCAUUAAGUGAUGUCCCGAUAGCGGCAGUCGCUGCCGCAACAGCAGCCGGUGCUGCAGUAGCAGCCGCCUUGGCCGCCAAGCCGAAAACUUCACCCGUCAAGAAGGCUCCUGCUACAUCGACUACCCCUACACCUCGACCAAAAACAGUCGCUAAGACCCCAACCCCAGCAAAAACACCUAUGUCGACAACAAAACGGCCAACGUCAACGACGACCACGCCGCGAACAGCGGCAACCAAACCAGCUGCUCCGAAAACGCCCGUGUCCGCCACAGCUAAAACCUCGAAACCAGCCCCUAAACCUGCAUCACCUACGAAGGCCGCCCCUAAGCCGCCAGCCCCCGUCAAAGAGGGCCCAGUUACUAAAGCCGCCCCAGCACGCACAACGAGCGCUCCACGACCGGCGACUAAGCCGGCAGCACCCAAACCGCCUGCUGCUAAAUCGACCACUUCUACUGCUGCUAGACCCACUACAACUGCCGCGCCCCGAGUGCCAGCAGCAAAACCCACAACGCGACCAGUCACAGCUAAAACGACCGCUGCACCCGCCAAGCCUCCAGUGGCCAAGACAACUGCCCCCGCGACCACAAAAACAGUCGCAGCACCUAAGCCCAAGGCGCCAGAGAAGAAACCCUUAAUGAAUGGGGACGCCAAGCCACCUGCUAAACCAGCGCCCAAGGCUCCUGCUCCGGCAGCGCGACCUGCACCGAGGCUUGCGCCUCGCCCGCCUGUUUCAGCACCCGCUAAAACCGCUCCCGCUAAGCCCCCAGUGCGAGCCCCACUGGACAAACAGAGCAAAGAUCUCGCGAAUAAACGCAUUACCGCUAAAACUGCGCCUCCCAGGACAGCAACCGCUAAGAGCUCCGUGGCCAGUAAAACGGCGGUAAAGAGCGUGCCCAAGAAGAGCGACAGCAACAAGAAGGAAAUAAUCGCGAACGGCCUGAACGGCUCGGCCGAGCUGACCAAGCCGUCCAGUCCCCCGGUCGACAACGCGCUUCUCCCGGACGUCAUCGCGUGA